CCUACUUGGAGCUAGCUACUGCCCAAACCGUACGCAAGGCGGGUGCUUCGCCGCGGGGUGUUUGUGUUGGGUAAUUAUUGCGAUUGAGGGCACGGGUCGUGCUCGGAGUUUUGCUGCCUCGGCUCGGGCCUCCCUCCAGCUGGCCGCAACUGCUUGCCGGCGUGGCGUGGGGUUCUGGCGGUUGCGUGCAUUGACUUGACUAAAACCAGCUCUGCGCGUGGCGCCUGCUGCCCUUGACAGGGCCCGAUGUGUCCGCGUCCCAACGGCACGACACGCAUACCUGAGCAUGACCCUGCUGAACCCAAGCUGAGUGCAUCUAUGGCGAGGGCGCACAGCAGCAGCACGGACUCAGACGAGGAGCCCGCCGCCGCGGCCGCCGCCGACGCUGCCAACGCCGCCGACGCCGCCAACGCCGCCAACGCCGCCAACGCCGCCAACGCCGCCAACCAACUGGCAAUUGCUCCUCGUUUUUCUUCCGCCUCGCCGGCUACCUCCACCAACGGCGGCCCCAGCGCCGGCACACCGCCGGGCAAGGAUGAGCACACCUCCACCGCCGGCGGCAGCUCCUCUUCCGCCGCUUCAUCAUCGCAAGCAGAGCUGCUGGAGUGCGGCGGUGGCGACCGCAAGCCCUCCUCCACCUCCUCGUACCCAGCUAGCCGUGUUGGUGAAGUUGCUGGCACCGACAUUGGCGGCGCUGCUGACGUUCUGCCGGUGCUUGCGCCGUCGGCGGCGGCUGUACCGCUGCUGGCGGCGGGUGGACCCUACCGGCCGCACAUGAGGUUCGGCGGGGCGGCGGCGGUGGCGGCAGCGGCGGCGGAUCCCGAUGCCACCGGUGAUGAUGACGAGGAUGACGCGAUGUCUCUUGUGAACAGCUUAUUGAUGGCGCUGCUGGUACCGCCGCUAACCGCGGCGGUAUGCGGCAGCGGGGGUGAGGAGCAGCAGCAGCCGGCGCAGGAGGAUGAGACCGAGACGCCGCAGCUGCUGCUGCAGCAGCCGCAACACCAGCAGCAGGCGGCGGCUAUGGCAGUGGCGGCGGCUACGGCGGCGGCGCCGAGCCCGACGCCGCCGGCGGCGGUGCGGCUGCCGGCACCCAGCCCCCUGUACGGCAAGGUCACGCCGUACCGGCCGGCGGCGGCGGUACCAGAACCAGAGGCGCCCGCGCCCAAGCUCGUAUCUGCCCGGCCACCGCCGCCGCCGCAGAUGCAGCGCGUGCCGCUUCAGGCCGGCUCGCUCCUGACUGCCGAGGAGAUGAAGGGCGUCAAGGUGCUUCCGCGCGUGGCCCUGGCGACAGUAGUGGCGCAGGCGGUGGUGCAGGGCGUGGUGCGGCGGCCGGCAGUGCCAGUGCCGGUGCCGGUGCCAGGGGCGGUGCCGGGGGCGGUGCCGGUCGUGGUGGGCGGCGGGCGCAUCCAGGUCCUGAACCUGGAUGCCUACCUGUACCACCAGCGGCAGCAGCAGCAGCGGCGGCAGAAGGUGGCGGCGCAGAUGGACCGCUGGCCGCAGCAGCGGCGGCAGCAGUACGAGCAGGACCAGCAGCAGGAGCAGCCGUGGUCUGAGGACGCUGGGGUGUGGCAGUGGCUGCAGGACCCGCGCAAUCCCUGGUAGUACGUAUGGGUGGCAUACGCUUUGACAAGGCGUGCUGGGAUAUGUUCGGUGUUAGCUGGGGAGUUUGGACUGAGGGGAAGGAGCAGGCUAGCCAUCUAGGCCUCGUGCCUGCCCGUCUCAGGACAAGGGAAUUGCAGUGGCAGAUGUGCGUGAUUCACAAUUGGAGAAUUGAAUAACACAUGUCACGUGCGUGACUUACUUGCUAUGGCGCUGGCACGCGCCCGGCACGAGAUAGAUUGCUGUGCCUGUCCUUGGACCGCAGAAUGUGUGGUAGGCAGUAGUAGUCUGGGCAGUACCCAACCGACUACUGGUGUGGCGCCACUGCAUUGAUCGAGACGGGGUGCGCGCACGUAAUCCUGUGGCCGCAGAACAAUGUGGCGCAUGUAUGAGUUGCAUGUGUGAGGUUCCGUGCGGCUGAUUAUAUGUCGGCGCAUUAUCAGUUUCUCACUGUAUCAGGAGGUGUGAGCCCUCAAGACUGGGAUUGGUGAUUGAGACCGCGUACGGUACAUACCGUACCGUACCGUAGUGUUGCUUGUGUUCGCCUUUCUGAGCAUUAUUGCUUUUGGGCGCAUGGCGAUUGGACGUGUGCGUGAUCAGGGACGGAGAAGGCAUGGGGGCACGGUAUGUGUGGGACGUGCAUGCAAGACAGCGUGCGUGACGGGGGUCAGUUCUGCAGAGGGCGGAGGCGGGCGGAGGGGCCGAGGUGGAGAACCGAGAACAGCAAUGUGACAAUACCGUAGCGAAGGUGCGCAUCGUGGGUGUGCAUGUGCAAGGAGGUUAGGAAUUGCCAAGAAGGUGGGAUGGUGGUCCUGCGUGGUCAACUGCAACAUAGAGGAUGGCGAUGAGCGCUGGCUUGUGCGAUAUGAUGGGAGUAGCAGGGCCUGCUAGUGAUUGUGUAUGAGGGGGUUGGUUUGAGUUCGGGGAUUCUGAAGUUACUGAAUUUACAGAGGCGGGGUGGGACUGGGUGGGCGUGAUUGCGCAGGCGGCUAGCGUUGCGCAAGGGUGCCGCAGGUCCGAAUGACACGGACUGUACGGCGGAGUUCAGACGGUGUCGUAUCGUAAUCUGGCAUGUCCCCUCUGUAACAUCCGCAUUCA